AUGCACCACACUGAAGAAGACUUGAAGACUGAUGGGAAUAAACCACAGCUGGAGCCGAUACUCCAACUGAGAGAGCAGUUGUCCGGUUCAUCCGAUAAAUUAAGCCAUGAAGAUUAUCAAAAACUGGAGGAGUGGAACUGGGACGUCCCAGAUCGAGUAGACCGGUGCGUACAUGAAAUCAUUCAGGAACGGUGUUUGGCUCAGCCAGAUGCACCGGCUGUCUGCGCAUGGGAUGGUACUUUCACCUAUCGAGAACUGGACGAGCUCUCAAACACGUGGGUCACGCACCUGACCAGAUAUGGUGUUGGCCCCGAGGUAUUUGUGCCACUCUGCUUUGAAAAGUCGCGCUGGACGACCGUGGCCAUGAUUGCGGUCAUGAAGGCUGGAGGAGCAUUUGUGUUGCUGGAUCCAUCUUACCCAGAAAUGCGGCUUCGCAGUAUCUGCUCAACAAUCUCAGCUGAGCUGAUUGUGGCAUCGGUGCAGAACGAAGCCAUGGCCGCCAGGCUAGCAAGAUUUGUGGUCACAAUUGGGCGUGAUCAGUCAACCAUGGGCAAAGAUGAUCGGCCCAGGGCCGCUCUACUAGUGACUCCCGCCAGUGCAGUAUAUGCUGUGUUUACUUCAGGUUCCACGGGCAUGCCGAAGGGGGUGGUGAUGACACAUGCGGCCUUCAACUCUGGCGUGUUGCCUUACAAUCAAGCAUUGAAUCUGGAGAAUGAUGUUCGGAUCCUCCAAUUCGCAUCCUAUGCAUUUGACGCAAGCAUCAUCGAUAUUUUCGCUGCCUUUCUCUCUGGCGCAUGUAUCUGUAUACCGUCAGAUCGAGCCCGGAAUGACAACAUCGCUGCCUUUAUCCAGGAAUAUAAUGUCAACUGGGCCCACUUGACCCCGUCCGUCCUGGCGGUCCUGGAGCCAGAACGAGCUCCCUCCCUCAAAACACUGGUCGUGGCAGGCGAGGGGAUUUCUCCCGCGGCGGUCUUGAGAUGGACCCCGCAUGUUCGCCUUGUUUUUGGCUAUGGACCCUCGGAAUGUGCGGGGCUCGGCGCUAUUCAAGACCGAAUUGAGCCAGGAUCCGAUGAGCGCAAUAUCGGGCGGGCAAUCACAUGUGUGCCUUGGAUCGUUGAUCCCGAUGACUAUAGCCGGCUGCUUCCUGUCGGAGCCGUGGGGGAACUGGUGAUUGAGGGCCAUACGGUGGGGCGGGAGUAUAUCAACAACCCCGAGAGAUCAGCCGCCGCGUUCAUCGAACCGCCCAGUUGGUUACAGCAAUUCCGGGAACUUCACCCAGCAAAUGCUGCGCGGUUAUACAAGACAGGAGACCUAGUUCAAUACACCUCUGAUGGAACCCUUCGUUUCAUCGGCCGGAAAGAUACCCAAGUCAAGCUUCGUGGCCAGCGGAUUGAGCUCGGAGAUGUGGAGCACCAUAUGCGGCGGUGCUUUCCCCACGCCCGGGACGUCGUGGCUGAACUUGUGACGCCAACUGAGACUGGACGAGUCCCGGUCCUCGUGGGCUUUGUCUGGGAGGACCAUCCCAGUUAUCCAGAAAACAACCGGAAAUGGAAUACGUGCGAUCCGGAGAACGGUCUGGAAGAUAUUCUUGCCGCACCCUCAGACAGCUUCCGUGCCGCGUCCCAGACGGCCAAGUCAUUCCUUAACGAGACAAUACCCGGGUAUAUGGUGCCGGGAAUAUUCCUGCCCCUGACUGCAAUCCCCCUGGCUAAGUCAGGUAAAACCGACCGGCGGCAGCUCCGCGAGCGUGCAGCAGCUCUAUCGCAGUCCGAGCUUGAGGCGUACAGCAGCUCGAGAUUGGCCAAGCGACAGCCUGCGACGCCCGCAGAGAGCACGCUCCAGCGACUGUGGGCCUGUGUUCUCCAGAUUCCUCUGGAACGCGUUGGAGCAGAUGAUCAUUUCUUUCGCCUUGGCGGCGACUCGAUCAGGGCGAUGCAGCUGGUUGCCGCCGCACGCGCAGACGGUUUCUCCCUGGCCGUGGCCGAUAUAUUUAAUUCUCCACAGCUUUCCCAGCUGUCACAUCUCCUUCAAAAAUUGUCCGAUCUAAACACAGAUCUCAUCGCUCCGUUCUCUCUCCUUGAUUCGGCUGUAAGUGUGAUUCUCGACUUGGCCGUUGAACAAUGCCAAGUAUCCUCGGACCAGAUUGCGGAUAUUUAUCCCUGUACGGCAUUGCAGGAGGGUCUGAUGGCCCUAACAGCGAAGAGGGCCGGCACUUACAUAGCCCAUUUCUCCUACUCCUUAGCUCUCGGUGGCGGUAGCGAUGUCGAUAGUGAUGUCGAUCGGUUUCGUGCCGCUUGGAAUGCAGUAGCUCGGGCGAACCCAAUCCUGACGACUAGGAUGGUUCAGAGCGAUACGGGAAUUUUCCAAGUAGUGGUGAAGGAUCAUAUCCCGUGUCCCAUUUAUGUCGAUGAGGAAUCCUAUAAUGCGGCCCAGGAGCAGCUUGUCACUGGCUUCAGGCUGGGAAAUCCAUUGGUCGCCAUGGCUAUCGUUAAGCAAGCUGACGGACCUGGAUCAUGUCGAUUCGUGCUGUCCAUGCACCACGCUAUAUACGAUGUGUGGUCCCUGCCGCUUCUCCUCGAGCAAGUAGAGGUAGCAUUUUGGGGGACACCUUUAACAACCCAGCCAUUCAGCCCCUUUAUAGCCUAUUUAUCGGAGCGCAAAGCUGCUACCGCCAGUUUCUGGGAGGAUGAAUUCGAUGGUCUGGAUACGGUCCACUUCCCGUCACUGCCGUCAUCUAACCAUACCCCAACCCCAACCAAGACACUUACGCGCACCAUUCCGCUGUCGCAGAACACUGGGGCGACGAAGGAUUUCACUCCGUCCACCAGACUUCGACUAGCCUGGGCUCUCACCUUGGCGUACUAUUCAAACCCUAGUGACUGCUCCAACUCGAGUGAUAUUGUCUUUGGACUCACUGUGACCGGGCGCGGUGCGCCGGUUGCUGGCAUUGCUGAUAUGACCGGACCAACCAUUGCUACAGUCCCUUUCCGUGUUCAGCUGAACUGGGAUAGCACUGUGGUGCAGUGCCUUCGUGAGAUUCAGGAUCACUCCGCCCGCAUGAUCCCCAAUGAACAGAUGGGAUUGCAGAAUAUUCAGCGAUUGAGUGAUGAAGCAGCGUCUGCUUGUCAGUUUCAGAAUCUGCUGGUGAUUCAGCCCCGCCGCGAAAGCCAGGGGCGGGAUUUAUUUAUCCAGGGGGAGGGGGCUGUCAGGUCUGAUGAAGGAGCGUUUGCAUCCCAUGCGCUCACUUUAUUAUGUGAACUUCUACCGGACUCAAUUGAAGUGGAAGCGAUUUACGAUCUGCGGGUGAUCCAGGAGAGUGAGGUGGAGCGGCUUUUAUGUCAGCUCCAACAUGUGAUGACACAGAUCCACGAGAAGUCGGAUGCAAUGAUCAAAGAUCUUGGUGUGCUGAGCCCUGAGGAUCAGCGACAGUUGCAGCAAUGCAACUGUGAAGUUCCUUUAGUCAAUCGGUGCGUCCAUGAGCUGAUUCUCGAGCGCUGCCUAGCUCAGCCAGAUGUUCUUGCCGUGUGCGCAUGGGACGGUGAUAUGACCUAUCGAGAGCUAGAUAGGCUGUCCUCCAUCCUGGCCGCGCGCCUGACGGCACAAGGAGUUGGGCCUGAGGUAUAUGUCCCAUUGUGCUUUGAAAAAUCCCGAUGGACAGCUGUGGCCAUGGUUGGAGUCAUGAAAGCGGGCGGGGCCUUUGUCUUGCUGGAUUUGUUACACCCGGCGGCACGACUGCAGAGUAUCUGCCGGGUUGUAUCGGCCUCGGUGAUUGUAGCAUUGCCGCAGAAUGAAGAGAUGGCGGCCAUUCUGGCGGCCGAAAUAGGGGCACAGGUAAUUACAAUCGGGGCGUCAGAUGCGAUAGACCGGCAUGAGAGCCACGGUGACGGCGGCAAUUUCGGUACAGCAUCGUCUGUUGCUCCCAGUAAUGCUGCAUACGCGGUUUUCACCUCCGGCUCAACUGGGGAACCAAAGGGCGUUAUAAUUCCGCAUAGUGCUUAUUGCACGGGCGCAAUGGCCCACAGUAAAGCCCUUGGUCUAACGGACAAGUCGCGGGUCUUUCAAUUCUCGUCUUAUGCGUUCGAUAACAGUAUCUCGGAUCAUCUUACUACUUUGGUCAAAGGAGGAUGUGUAUGCGUGCCCUCAGAGGCUGCCAGAUGGAGUAAUCUUCCUCAAGCGAUAUCGGACUUGAAAGCAAAUUUGUGCUGGCUCACUCCAUCUGUUGCUAGAGGAAUCCAGCCGGCAGACCUCUCGGUUGAAACACUUAUUCUCACUGGAGAGGCACCAGCGGAAAGGGAUAUUUCCCAGUGGGUUGGGAAUGUGGAGUUGUUCAACGAUUAUGGGCCUGCUGAAUGUUCGGUGAUUUCGACAAUUCAGAGAUAUGCCACUAAAUCCUCCGAUCCUACCAACAUCGGCUUCGCAACGGGCGGUGUGUGUUGGGUCGUCCACCCGCAGGACCAUGAUAAACUAUUGCCCAUUGGUGCAGUAGGGGAGCUGCUGAUUGAAGGCCCGAUUGUGGGACGAGGCUAUCUCAAUGAGCCGCAGAAAACUAUAGCCGCCUUUAUCACGCCACCUGCCUGGCUAAGUCACUAUCGCCAUGAUCAGAGCUUGCCGAGACAAAUUUAUAAGACUGGGGACUUGGUGCAGUACACGGCAGACCUGUCACUUCGCUUCAUUGGGCGUAAAGAUACACAAGUCAAGCUCCGUGGGCAGCGCAUUGAACUGAGUGAGGUUGAAUAUCACGUGCAGAGGUGCUUCCCUGAUGCUCGUGAUGUCGUCACGGAGGUAGUGCUACCGAUGGGGGCUGGCCGUGAGGCUACGCUGGUCGCUUUCAUCCGCACCAACAGUCAGGAAGAUCAUGACCAUCCUGAGAAUAUAUUUGCGGCACCCUUCGACGCCUUCCACGUUGCCAUUCUCGUGGCAGAGUCAGCCCUUGAGGAGGUUUUACCUUCGUAUAUGGUGCCCGCUGUGUUCUUACCGCUUGUUAACUUGCCGCUCACGGUCAGUGGCAAGACAGACCGGCGUCUGCUUCGUAAGCGUGCGGCAGCGCUCUCUCGGUCUGAGAUUGACGCAUACAGUAGCUCUAGUGCACAUGAAAAGCGAGCCCCCGUGACCGAAGCCGAACACACAUUACAGCUUCUGUGGGCGCGUGUCUUAAACCGGUCACUAGAUUCCAUAAGUGCCAACGAUAGCUUCUUCCGCUUGGGUGGGGAUUCCAUUGCGGCCAUGAGGCUCUGUGGAAUAGCUCGCAAGGAAGGAUUUUCUCUCGCUGUUGCAGACAUAUUUCAGCAACCAAGACUGGCCAACCUUGCGAUUUGCCUGCAGCCCACAUUAGAAACUCCUCUGGAAAGCAUGGCCCCGUUCUCUCUGCUCGGUUCGGCUCAGGAUGUCAUUUUAGAUUUAGCAGUGGAGCAGUGCCAAGUCCAGCGGGACCAGAUCGUCGAUAUCUAUCCAUGUACCGCUCUGCAGGAGGGUCUGAUGGCCCUCACAGCCAAGAAGACAGGUUCCUACAUCGCGCAUUUCUCUUACCACCUGCCCGAGGAUAUUGAUCUGGGUCAUUUCCAAGCUACAUGGAACGCAGUGGCAAUUGCAAACCCCAUCUUAGACACGAGAAUCAUCCAGAGCAUUGAUCAGGGUUGUUUCCAAGUGGUAGUGCCGGGCACCAUGCAGUGGAAUAUUGAACGAGAUGGAGAGGAUCCCAUGGCUCCCCAUGCAACUCCAUCAUUCGGCCUGGGUGAGCCCCUGGUCCGGGCGACCAUCAUCCCCAGUCUGGGUAGAUUCAUCCUUGCCAUGCACCACGCCGUGUAUGAUGCCUGGUCCCUGCCUCUGCUCCUACAGCAGGCCGAAGCAGCCUUCCAGGGCCAUUCUCUGACCUCUCAAUCGUUCAGUCCAUUUAUAUCAUAUCUCUCUAAGUCUGAGUUUACCGCGGAGACCUUCUGGCGGUCUGAGUUGACCGACGUUAAUGUCAUCACCUUUCCUCCACUCCCGACCCCAGGAUACAACCCAACUCCCAAUGAGUCCUUGAUGCAUACCAUUCCGUUGCCACAGAGCCCUUGGGAUGAUUUUACCCCCUCCACUAAGCUCCGACUCGCAUGGGCCCUCGCUCAGGCGCGGUAUUCCAACAGCAUGGAUGUGGUUUUCGGACUGACUGUGACAGGUCGUGGUGCACCCGUAAAUGGGGGGGCCUCUGUCGGUCAGAUGUUGAAAAAGGUGCAAGACCAAUCCACCCGGAUGCUGCCAUUUGAGCAUAUUGGCUUACAGAAGCUUCAACGCCUUGGUGAUGAUGCGCUCGCUGCCUGUCAAUUUCAGAGCCUGCUUGUCAUUCAACCGGAAGCGGGAGACCGUGACAGUCUUAGAUUUUUUAUAGAAGAGAAAGAUCCGAUCUCGGAUCAAGCCCUUGGAGCGUUCACGACCUACGCACUAACUCUGUUGUGUGAGCUCUCUCCCAACGCAGUAAAUGUGCAAGCGAUGUAUGAUCCUAGAGUUAUUCAGCCUCUGGAGGUACAGCGCAUCCUUCACCAGUUUACGCAUGUAAUGAACCAGAUCUGCCAAAUGCCUGAAGUAUCUAUCCAAGAUGUCAGCGGGGUGAGUCCAGAGGAUCUACGCCAGUUAGAGCAGUGGAACGGGAUACCGCAAGAGCCAGUCCACCAGUGCGUGCAUGAGAUGAUUAAAGAAAAAUGCCUCGCCCAACCAGAUGCAGAAGCCGUGAACGCAUGGGAUGGCGACUUCACCUAUCAAGAGCUUCAUCAGCUUUCUGAAGCACUCACUUCGCACCUGACUGGACUGGGGCUUGGGAUUGGCCCAGAAACCAUCACACCACUGUUGUUUGAGAAGUCACGAUGGACCAUAGUGGCAAUGCUUGCAGUCAUCAAGAUGGGAGGGAUAUUUGUGAUGCUGGAUCCAUCGUAUCCACUGGCACGACUCCACCAUAUCUGCUCUAUAGUGUCCGCGAGCCUCAUAAUCACAUCCGGGCUGAAUAAAGCAAUUGCAGCGGACCUAGUAGCAGAAAUAGUGGUGAUUGGAGAUGAUCACACUACAUGGCGUAACACCGGCCGUUCGGGGACUGUUCCCAUAGUGAGCCCAGAGAACACACUGUGUGUGGUGUUUACAUCAGGUUCUACGGGCACACCAAAAGGGGCUGUCAUCUCCCAUACAGGAUAUUGUACGAUGGUCUUAUCACAAGCCCCGCUUCUAGGCCUUGUCCGAGAUUCUCGAGUCUUCCAGUUUUUAUCAUAUGCAUUUGAUAUGGGGAUAUUCGAUCACCUAGCUACCUUAAUUACUGGGGGAUGUAUUUGUGUACCUUGUGAUGCGGAUCGGCGGAGCGAUCUAGUCGGGGCCUUGAGGCAGUAUAGGGCCACCUUCGUGAUGCUUACCCCAACUGUGGCCAAGCUGCUUCAGCCGGCUGAGGUUCCAUUUUUGAAAACCCUGGUUGUUGGGGGAGAAACGGUGGUCACUAGUGACUUUCGGAAAUGGGAGGAUUCGGUACAUUUUGUGAAUGUGUGGGGGCCAGCAGAAUGUACAUUUGCAUCAACGGCCCAACCCCAGUUCUUGAAGAGAUUGGAUCAUGACAACCUGGGACACCAAACAGCCUGUGUUUGUUGGAUUGUGGACCCGUUGAAUCAUCAGAAGCUCCUGCCCAUUGGUGCCAUCGGCGAAGUGCUCAUUGAAGGUCCCAAUGUAGGCCGUGGCUAUGUCAACGCUCCAGCCCAGACUGCUGCAGCAUUUAUUCGUCCUCCAACCUGGCUCAAGCGAUUCCGGGACGUUCCUGCUGCCACUCGGCUCUAUAAGUCGGGAGAUCUAGUCCAGUAUGCUCCAGAUGGAUCUCUCCGCUUCAUUGGUCGCAAAGACAACCAGGUCAAGAUUCGCGGCCAACGGACAGAGCUUGGCGAGAUUGAGCAUCUUGUCCGGAAAGUUUUCCAUGGUGUUCACGACGUGGUUGCGGAGGUUGUGACUCCCGUUGGUCGGCAACCAAUGCUGGUGGCCUUCAUUAAGGUGGAUGAUCCAGAUAGGGAUAACCAUCAUUCAGAGGAAAUCAUUGCUGCACCCACGGAGGCUUUUCAGAGACUCAUCCUCACGGCUGAAGCCUCCUUGCAAGAAUCAGUCCCGAUACACAUGGUCCCGGCGCUGUUCCUGCCUCUAAGAACGGUCCCACUGACUAUGACGGAGAAGACCGAUCGACGACGGCUUCGUGAGCGGGCGGCCCUGCUCUCCCCAGCCGAGAUGGAGGCCUAUAGGUGUCCGACUGUAAAGAAGCGAUUGCCCACUACCGCAGCUGAGCGAACUCUGCAGCAGUGGUGGGCACUGGUCCUGAAUAUCCCUCCCGAAUCCAUUGGGCUUGAUGACAGCUUCUUUCGUCUGGGAGGUGACUCUGUCUUGGCCAUGCAAAUAUCAGCUCUCGCUCGAGCUACUGGACAGUUUCUGGAUGUCGCGGAUAUUUUUCACAGCAAGACCCUCUCGAGAAUGGGUCCGCUUUUGACCAUGGGCCGUCACGGCCCGCUCAAAACGAAGGACGAAGUGGAGAUAGCUUUCGCCCUCUCUCCCUUACAGUUCUGGUUCUUUGAACUUGGGCACCAUGGAACGCAGCCUAAAAACCGGAGCUUCUUGGUCCCUCUUGCCAAAAGGGUUGUCCCGAGAGACCUGAUGCAUGCCAUCCACCUCCUUGCCCAGGAGCAUUCCAUGUUACGCGCCCGUUUCCGCCAGGCUGACGAUGGCUGCUGGACUCAGGUCAUCAUGGCCGAAGUCGACUGCAGUCACCAGUAUCAACAUUGCCGCGUUUCCUCACUCCCGGAAGCCAGAGAAACUAUGUUGACCAUCCAGCACAAUCUCGACAUUCGGAAUGGUCCUCUAUUUGCAGUGGCCUUAAUCGAUGUCGGCGCUGUUCAGCAAUAUAUCUUCCUGGUGGCUCACUACCUGAUCUUCGAUCUGGGUUCCUGGAGAGUCCUUUUGGGGGAUCUGGAUGAGGCGCUUCAGCAUGGACAGCUCUCCAAGACCCCGACUCAGUCAUUUCACACUUGGUGCCGGUUGCAGGAAACACGCCUCCAGACGAUUCGGGCCCCCACGCAAGCCCAGGCCCCAGCUCCCCAGAAUUACUGGGGUUUGGGGAUGCGGGGCCUCCAGGACUCGAAAACUUCCCACAUCUUCCUCCACGGGGGCUUCACCCUGGAUGCGGAGGUCACUAACGCCCUCUACGGUAGCGCGAAUGGUGCUCUUCGAACCCAGCCGGUGGAGAUCUUGCAGGCCGCCCUCUGGCACGCCUUCGUCCGCAUCUUCCCAGACCGGCCUCCGCCAACCAUCUUCAGCGAAGGCCCAGAACGGGAUAUGUGGCAUUCCACCAUCGACCUGACCCGGACGGUGGGCCGGGUCACCAUCAUGCAGCCUACCUGUGUCGACAUGAGGAACGAUGACAACGGUGAUAUAGUCCAAGUGGUCCGACACACCAAGGACGCCCGCCGGUUAACUGCGAGCAGCCGCGUAUGGGCCUCUUGCGCCUGCUCUGUGCUGCACACGAAGGACUCCGCGCUUUUCCUGCCAUUGGAUGGGGUGGAGAUCGGGUUCAGCGAUCUAGGCAGAUACCGACCGUUGGGAAGCCCGACGACAGUCCUGCGGCCCCCGAUUCAACCGGAUCUUCAAGUGCCGGAGAUAACGAGGGAGCUGUUCCGAUUCGCGCUGAUCGAAGUGAUCGCGGUGGUAGAGCAGGACCGUCUAAGGUUGUCCUUCUCAUACGGCCAGCAUAUGAGACAUCAAGAAGCCAUCGCCAAAUGGAUCAUCCAAUGCGAGCAGUCCCUUCGGGACGCUGUGCACCAGCUAUCUACUCUGGAUACCCCUCAAUUCUCUCUAUCCGACUUUCCGCUCUUGUCACUCACUUGCCGCAACAUCGAUGCAUUCUUGCAUCAGACGCUGUCCCAAAAUGGCGUGCAACUCGAAGACCUCGAAGACGCUUACCCGAGUUCGCCCAUUCAGCAGGGAAUCCUUAUCAGCCAGGCCAAGGACCCCCAGUGCUACCAAUCGAGGUUCCGAUGGAAGAUUGUUCCGAAGGUGGGAUCCAUGCCCGUCGAUAUCGCCCGGUUCCAGCAGGCUUGGCAGCAUGUCGUCGAUCGACACGCCAUCCUCCGCACGCUUUUCGUGGACAGUGUCUCAAGAGAUGGAUAUUGCGAUCAGGUCGUGAGGAGUUCGGUUCAAGCCAAUAUUCAGGUAAUCGACGCAACAGACAAGGACCCCAUAGCCGCCCUAGAGAGCUGCCCCCGUUCCACAUACCCCCUUGGGCAACCGCCACAUCGACUUCUCCUUUGCAUCACAUCCACUAGAAUGGCCUGUAUGCUGGACAUCAGCCACAGUCUCAUUGACGCACACUCGAUUCGCAUCAUUCGCCAAGACCUCCUUCGCGCGUACGACGGGCUGUUAACGGCGGGGCGGGGUCCGCCGUAUCGCAACUACCUGGCCUAUCUGCACAAUCAACCGGAAAACCCGGCGAAAAAGUACUGGCAAACCUACCUUGAUCAAGUCUCGCCGUGUCUUGUCCCUACAUCAAGCAGUGGAGACUCGAGAAGCCCGCAUGAAAAGGGGCUCCAGUCCGUCCACAUCCGCGUUGAGGAGGGAGCCCUCCUUCACGAAUUCUCUCAACUUUAUGAAGUGACCCUGUCAAACCUGUUACAGGUCGCCUGGGGUCUAGUCCUUCGGAGCUAUACCAGUUCUGACUCGGUGUGUUUUGGCUACCUGAGCUCCGGCCGGGACUUGCCCGUGCCGGAAGUCCAGGAAAUGGUCGGGCCUUUGAUCAACCUGCUUGUGUGCCGCAUGAAGGUGACGCCAAACCGGUCCGUUCAUUCCCUGCUGCAAGACACCCACGCCGAAUAUCUGCAAAGUCUGCCUUACCAGCAUUACUCAUUGGCAGAUAUUGUGCACCAGGCCAGUCAGUCCGGUCAGCCGUUGUUUAACACGAUCAUCUCCGUGCAGCGCCUCUGGGGGGCUGAAAAGACCAUGGAGCCCACUAGCAUUGAGUUGGAAGAUGUUCCAGGAGAAGAUCCGACAGAGUAUGACGUGGCCGUGACCAUCGGCAUUGAUGCCGACCAUGUAGACAUCCACUUAAGCUCCUGGACAACCAGUUCGGGUGACCGUCACUUGUCUGACAUGGCGCACACGUUCCGACAGGUGAUCCUGGAGAUGGUUCACCGACCAAACGAUGAGGCGAGGCACCUCGACAUCAUAAGUCCCCGGGAUCGGAGCCAGAUCUACGCCUGGAAUGAGCACGUCCCCGAAUGCAUUGGCCGGUGCGUCCACGACCUCAUCCUCGAGCGCUGCGUGAAGCAGCCGAGCGCACCGGCAAUAUGCGCAUGGGAUGGAGAUCUCAGCUAUCAAGAGCUGGAUCAGCUCUCCAACGCACUGGCAGCACACCUGGUUGGACUGGGAAUCGGCCCAGAGACGUUCGUGCCUCUCUGUUUCGAGAAAUCCAUGUGGACCCCUGUAGCCAUGCUUGGAGUCAUGAAGGCUGGGGGAGCCUUUGUGCUGCUGGACCCGUCACACCCGCUAUCUCGACUCCAGGCCAUCUGCCGUACGCUAUCGCCUGAGCUGAUUGUGACGUUACCGAUGAACGCGGCACGAGCAGCGGACUUGGUCCCUAAUCGGCCUGUGGUCGUGAUGGGGGCCGACCAAAUAGAAUGGUGUAUAGAAACCCUAAUCGAAAAACCAUCCGCUGUAGCAUGUCAUAAUGCUGUUUACGCAGUCUUUACCUCGGGAUCAACGGGUACGCCUAAAGGAGUGGUUAUACCCCAUGCAUCGUUUUGCACGAGUGCCUUGUCACAAGCUCCGAUCCUUGGACUCUCUGGCAAUUCUCGGGUGUUUCAAUUUGCCUCGUAUGCAUUUGAUGUGAGUAUCUUUGACCAUUUGGUAACACUGAUGGUUGGGGGGUGUAUAUGUGUUCCCAGUGAGGAUGAUCGACAAAACGCUCUUCUCGGCUCUAUCCAGUCCUUUGAAGCGACUCACAUGGUGUUAACCCCCUCAGUAGCAAAGAUCCUGCAGCCUAAAGCUCUACCAUUGUUGAAGACCUUGGUUCUUGGGGGAGAAAUGUUGUUCGCGGAUGAUUUCAUGGAAUGGAUGAACCAUAUGCAGAUCAUUAAUCAAUAUGGGCCUGCUGAGUGCUCCGUGGGAUGUACCAUUCAAUCGCAAAUCACAAGCAGCGUCGACCACAGUAGGAGCAAUAUUGGUUAUGGAAUUGGAUGCGUCUGCUGGAUUGUAGACCCUUGUGAUUCGAACCAGCUCAAGCCCAUCGGUGCCGUGGGAGAAUUGUUGAUCGAAGGCCCAAUUGUGGGACGUGGCUAUCUGAUUGAUGAGACGCAGAAUGCCACGGCAUUCAUCCCAAGGCCAGAUUGGCUAUCUCAGUUCCGCGGGAAUCAGAAUUCUGGAGGCCUAGUGUACAGGACUGGGGAUCUAGUGCAAUACAAUGCGACGGACGGAUCCCUCUACUUCAUCGGUCGCAAGGACACCCAGGUGAAACUCCGUGGCCAGCGUAUUGAACUAGGGGAGAUUGAGUAUCAUACCCGACAGUGUUUCCCGGGUGCAACGGAGGUAGUAGUGGAUGUGGUUGUGCCUGUGGAGACCGGCCGAGCAACACAGCUGGUGGCUUUUGUGUUGGCCGAGAGGCUGCUCGAUGACCACUCCAGGGAGGAAAGGAAGAACAACUUCACCCCGCCUACACAGGCAUUUCAUGCAGCCAUAGCUAUGGCCGAGUCUCAUCUUCAUAAUGCGUUCCCAGGCUACAUGGUGCCCACCCUGUUUCUGCAAUUGAGGACUGUCCCACUCACGGCAACUGGGAAGAUUGACCGACGUUACCUCCGCGAGCAGGCGGCUUCCCUUUCGUGGGUGGAAGCUAAAUCGUUACAUGCACCCAUGAAAAAGCGAAUGCCUGCCACCACUGCAGAAGAGACGGUUCAGCGCCUCUGGGCCCUGGUAUUGAACAUUCCCCAAGAGACCAUUGGCGCCAAUGACAGCUUCUUCCACCUCGGCGGGGACUCGAUAGCAGCCAUCAAGCUGGCUGGGAUGGCUCGAGAGGACAAUUUUGUUCUUAAAGUGGCCGAUGUCUUUCAGCACCCGAAGCUCUCGUCGCUCUCCACUCACCUUCGACCCUUUCAUUCACCUGCUCUAGAGAUCCCUGCUCCAUUCUCCCUGCUGAAGCCGGCUCGAGCACGUGAGGCUAUCUUGAACCUGGCCACCAUUCAGUGCCAUGUGUCUCCCUCGCAGAUAAACGAUAUUUAUCCCUGCACAGCCCUCCAAGAAGGCCUCAUAGCCCUGACUGCCAAGAGACGCGGCGCCUAUACCGCCUGCUUUUCGUAUAAUCUGCCUGGUAAUAUCUGCAUGGACGACUUCCGCGCGGCAUGGAACGCUGUAGCGAGCGCCAACCCCAUACUCCACUCAAGGAUCAUCGAGGGCCAUAACUUGGGGUGUUUUCAGGUAAUUGUGCCCAGUGAGAUCAAGUGGGCCGUCUAUGGGAAUGAGAACGCUCCUCGCGCCGAAAGGGAGGCAUCCACAGCAUCUUUUGGCCUUGGUGAGCCACUGAUCCGUGUAUUCGUGAUUCAACAUCCUGGUAGCCGCAUGUCUCAUCGGUUCCUACUGGCCAUGCAUCAUGCGGUGUACGACGCAUGGUCUCUACCUCUGCUUCUGGAGCAGGUAGCGUCUGCCUUGCAGGGCAAGCCGUUGGUUCCCCGGCCAUUCAGCCCUUUCAUCUCCUAUCUCUUGGAGUCCAAGGCUACAGCGGAAGCGUUCUGGCAGGGUGAAUUCACUGGCCUGAGUACUACCUGCUUUCCACAAUUGCCCUCUCCAACGUAUGCACCCACACCAACGGAUGUGCUCACCCAUGUUGUUCCGCUGAGUGGCGCGAAGAGUGAUUUCACUCUGUCGACAAAGAUCAGACUAGCCUGGGCCCUCACCAUAUCUCACUAUUCUGGUACACAGGACGUUGUCUUUGGAUUGACUGUGACUGGACGUGGUGCACCGGUCCGUGCUGUUGAGCAGAUGACUGGACCAACUUUUGCUACCAUACCCCUUCGUGUUCAGCUCAAUCGGGAGAACACGAUUGCACAGACACUCAAGGAGAUCCAAGAUCAUUCUGCUCGGAUCCUUCCAUAUGAACAGAGUGGACUCCAGUAUAUUCCCUCGCCAGGGACGACCCUGCCAGUAUUGUUUACUAAAGAUGACAUGGUGUCUGACCAGACGGCAUUUACCACCUAUGCUCUAACAAUCCAAUGUGACUUGGGGUCUGACUUCGUGGAAAUGGAAGCAGCCUACGAUCCUCAAGUCAUCGGCAAAUUCCAGGUGCAGCAGAUGCUGUAUCACCUAGCACAUAUAGUCACUCAGAUUGAUCAGCAACCGGAUAUCUUGCUAAAGAAUAUUGACAAAAUUAGCCCGGCGAAUCAGCAACAGCUCGAGGAGUGGAAUGGAAAUGAGCCAGAGAGAGUCAGCCGUUGUGUACACGAGCUUAUAGAGUCUCAGUGUCAGGCACGGCCAUCUGCACCCGCUAUAUGCGCUUGGGAUGGUGAAUUCACAUACAGCCAGCUAAAUGCGUUAUCAUCAAAUUUGGCCGCCCACCUGGUCAGUCACGGGGUAGGACCAGAGACAUUCGUGCCACUGUGCUUUGAGAAGUCGCGUUGGACCCCUGUAGCCAUGGUUGGGGUCAUGAAAGCCGGCGGGGCAUUUGUACUGCUAGACCCCUCGCACCCAACUGCAAGGUUGCAGAGCAUCAGCCGCACAAUAUCAGCUAAGGUAAUUGUGGCAUCCGCGUUGAACACGAAGUUGGCAGGAGAAUUAGGCGUCAAUGUGGUGACAGUGGGUGACGGGGAGAUGGAAUGGCAUCAGGUAAUUGGAAGAAGAGCAGUAUUAGCAACCCCAAAGAAUGCCGUCUAUGCAGUUUUCACCUCUGGCUCCACUGGGAUCCCGAAAGGCGCAGUCAUCGAGCAUGCCUCAUUCUCCACGGCUAGCCUGGCACAAAUCAAGGCAAAAAAAUUCACUAGUGAUCAACGUGUCUUUCAGUUCUCCUCAUAUGCCUUCGAUACAUGCAUCGCAGACCAAAUCACCACCCUUGUGGCGGGUGGAUGUAUUUGCAUUCCCUCGGAGUCUGAUCGUAUGGAGAAUAUGGGCAAGGCAAUUCAAGAUAUGCAUGCAAACCAAGUUGAAUUGACACCUUCUGUCGCACGAACUUUAACGCCAGAUGAUCUCGCCGGAAUUCUGACGCUAGGUUUAGGUGGAGAGGCGGUGUUACCCAGUGAUAUUAUUCGAUUUGGGGGAACCAAAAUCUGCUUGAUCAAUACAUAUGGGCCUGCCGAAUGUUGCGUUGAAGCCACUGCGCAAUGUGGAGGCCUGAGUGCCGAGGACCCGCAGGUAAUAGGAAAAGGGAUUGGGUGUGUUUGCUGGGUUGUUGAUCAGCAGGAUCACAACAUAUUACAGCCAGUUGGCGCUGUGGGGGAGCUGCUCAUCGAGGGUCCAAUUGUCGGGCGUGGCUAUCUCAAUGACCCCGAGAAAACAGAUGCUGUCUUUGUUGAACCACCUCCUUGGCUACAACAUUUCCGGCGCGUUAGCCCACUCCGAAAACUAUACAAGACUGGUGACUUGGUUCAAUACACUAUAAAUGGGUCACUUCGUUUUGUUGGUCGCAAAGACACUCAGGUGAAGGUCCGCGGCCAGCGGAUUGAGCUGGGUGAGGUUGAGCAUCACACACGUCAGAGCUUCCCUGGAGCCCGUGAUGUUGUGGUUGAGGUGAUCACCCCGGUAGAUGAAGCCAGACCGCCGAUUUUGGUAGCCUUUGUCUCAUGGACUCCCCUAGAUCAUGGCUCUGAUCAUGACACCAGCGUUGAUGGUCACAAUGAAAUUCUCGCCGCGCCAACACGAGGCUUCGCUGCUGCGAUAGUCAUGGCCAAGGCCCGUAUGCAGUACGCAGUGCCGAGCUAUAUGGUCCCGGGGCUAUUUUUGCCCCUGGUUGCUCUUCCGCUAACAUCAUCGGGAAAGACUGACCGGCGCCUGCUCCGGGAGCAUGUCGCCAAAAUGUCACGAACGGAGGUUGAAACCUACAGUGGGUUUGAGAUCAAACACCGGACGCCGACUACGGCGGCAGAGAUUGUGCUGCAGCAGCUGUGGGCGAAGGUGUUGAAUAUAGCGCCCGACACUAUUAGCACUCAUGACGGUUUCUUCCAUCGGGGUGGCGACUCAAUCGCGGCGAUGCGGCUGACUAGCGCCGCGCGCGAUGAUGGCUUCCGCCUGAGUGUGGCCGAUGUCUUCAACUACCCAACGCUUUCCAAGCAAUCGACGGUCAUAUCUCCGACAUCUACGGAUCUACCUCUCCCUGUAGAGCCUGCACCCUUCUCGAUGCUUCCUUCUGCAGACCCUGAAUCUUUUCUCCGUGAAACACUCACUCCCCACAUGUCUUUUGACCGAGAACAGGUUCUGGACGCGUUUCCCACCACGGAAUUCCAGGCGCAGUGUGUCCAUCCUUACCCAUGCAAAUAUUUUAUUUUGCACAUUCCUGGGUCUGUCGACCAAGAUCGUCUCCAAUAUGCCUGCCAUGCUCUCAGUCAGCGGUACUCUAUCUUACGGGCUGCCUUUUGUCCCUCCAACCAAGGUGUGAUUCAAGUCACCCUCCGCCAAGUGGAUGUCGAAAUGGACCGCUUUGAAGUCAAUGAUGAGGACCCAGUGAGCGUUUCGAAAUCCCUCUGUCACCAAGAUUCUGCGACUCCACCAGCCUUUGGCGUCCCUCCCUACAAGGCAUUCCUUGUUUCGAAGGGAAACCGGAAUCACGUCCUAAUAAUUCGCCUAUCUCACGCACAGUAUGAUGGCAUCUCCAUCCCAGUGUUGUAUCAGGAUCUGGUGGCGGCGUACCAUGGAGACAUACUGUCCCCCACCCCAAGUUUUUCUCUCUACAUUCAGUAUCGAUUAUCACGUAAAUCCGCCGAGGUAUAUCAAUUUUGGCACGACUUUCUAGAAAAUGCAUCAAUGACCCAACUGGACUGUAGCGCUAUUGGGGGUAUAUGUACAGCGGAGGAUAUCUCUGUGUCUGUCACCAAGUGGGUGUCCGUCUCUGGCGCACCACGCUGGGUUACCAUGGCUUCUGUCGUCAAUGCCGCCUGGUCGUUGGUCCUGGCACAACUGGUGCGCCGAAGAGAUCUGGUGUUCGGGCAACUGGUUAGCGGGCGCAAUGUUCCCAUCACGGGAGCAGAGAGAAUCCUGGGUCCCUGUAUCGGCGUCAUUCCCAUGCGAGUCAUGCUUCAACGAACUUUGACCGCCGGGGAUCUGUUAGACCACGUCCAGACUCAGUAUUCUCGCAUCCUCCCGUUCGAAACCUCGGGCCUGCGGGAUAUCGUCCAGCAUAGCACGACAUGGCCGGCCUCCACCGAUUAUCAGAUCGUGGUCCACCAUGAGAACAUCGGACGGGAUUCUCCUUAUUCCCUGGAUGGGAUUGAGUGCACAUCGAUGGUCAUCGCCCCUCCUCUCCGCUCCGAAGGGCUUCAAGGUUCAUUCGGAGCAGAUUGA